AUGUCUGAUCACGAAUUCGGCGGCAAUGACGAUCUGUCUCUACCAAAAGCAACUGUCCAGAAGAUCGUAACCGAGAUUCUACCCCCGGCUAGUGGUGUUGCCUUCGCCAAAGAAGCCCGCGAUCUCCUCAUCGAGUGCUGUGUGGAGUUCAUCACGUUAGUGUCUUCCGAGGCAAACGAGAUCUCGGAGAAGGAGGCCAAGAAGACGAUUGCCUGUGAUCACAUCACGAAAGCUCUGGAACAGCUGGGCUUUGCAGACUACGUGCCGGCUGUUCUUGACGCGGCUGCGGAGCACAAGGAAGUUCAGAAGGGCCGAGAGAAGAAAGCAAACAAGUUCCAGGAAAGCGGCCUAUCACUCGAGGAGUUGGAGCGAUUGCAGCAGGAGCAGUUUGCCCAGGCAGCUGCAAGACAUACGUGA